AUGACUAAGUCUUUUGUGAAUAAUCUCGGAGAAGAAUGGCUGCGAACUCGCCGAGCUAAUCCUAAUCCCUCUACCCUGGGUCUACUAUCUGAAGAAGAGCAAAAGGCAGAAGCUGUUGCAACUAUGGAAGAGGAAGAAGAACAACCUUUCAUUACCCUAGUCAAAAAACCAAGGCUUACUGAGGAUGUUCCUCUCAGCGACCUUUUUGGUACUUUUGUGCAAACUCCUCUCGUUCCUGCGCCUAUUUCUUUUGAGAGAGACCAGCUACUUAUAGCUUGGGAACGGGAGAACAGUAAGCUAAAAGCUCAAAUAGAAACAUUGAAAGCUACUCUACCUCCUUCUCACGAUGACCUGACUCAAUUGCAAGAGAAAGUGGUCUCGCAAGAUCAACAACUAAGGUCAGUUUGCUAUUACUGCAAACUGCCCGGGCACGUGAGCCGAGAUUGUUCGCUGAAGACUCAGCAUAUAGCCUCCGGGGUUUCGGUUGCGGGAGGACAUUUUGGUCAGUCCGGGACUCGGCGAGGGGGGCCGAAAGCCCAAUCUUCGCAUCGCCAGCAGAAGACAGCUCCCCCUACAGCAGCUGCUUAUGGCAUUCAGGGUCAGGAGCGUUCUGGCGUCCUUAUAGAGUCCCAGAGUUCUAUUUCGGGACCUCAGUAUCUGACUCAGGAGCAGUAUCAGUUGCAGCCUCAGCCAUUGGCGCAGUAUCAGUUACAGCCCCAGCCACCGAUUCACCCUCAGCUCUCAGACGUUCCAGUGGUCCGGGAGUAUCCAGACGUAUUUCCGGACGAGCUUCCAGGUUUGCCUCCUCGAAGGCAAGUGGAGUUUGCUAUUGAGCUGAUUCCAGGGACUGCACCAGCAUCGAAAGCUCCGUAUCGUAUGGCACCGAAAGAGUUGGACGAACUAAAGGUCCAACUCCAGGAGUUAUUAGAUAGGGGAUUUAUUCGCCCUAUUAGAGAUUCUGAUAUUCAGAAGACAGCAUUUCGCACCAGAUACGGACAUUACGAGUUUUUGGUAAUGCCAUUUGGGCUUACCAAUGCUCCAGCAGUAUUUAUGGAUUUGAUGAACCGUAUCUUUUUGGAGUAUCUGGAUCAGUUUGUGAUUGUAUUUAUCGAUGACAUAUUGAUCUAUUCAUGUUCCGAGGAGGAACAUGCGCAGCACCUUCGCAUAGUCUUGGAGACUCUUCGACGACAUCAUCUGUAUGCGAAGUUCAGCAAGUGUGCAUUUUGGCUUCCCUCAGUUGGUUUUCUGGGACAUGUGGUGUCUAGCCGAGGUAUUUCAGUAGAUCCUCAGAAGAUCGAGGCUAUCACUAGCUGGGAGCAGCCGAAGUCAGUCCAGGAGAUCCGUAGUUUCUUGGGACUGGCUGGAUAUUAUAGACGAUUCGUUGAGGGUUUCUCCAGUAUUGCUAUGCCAUUGACACGUCUGACUAGGAAAGGCGUGAAGUUCACGUGGUCAGAGGCUUGUGAGACCAGCUUCCAGGAGCUGAAGCGGAGAUUAGUAUCAGCACCAGUUUUGGUUUUACCUUCUGGUGAUGACGGAUUCGUACUUUACACAGACGCAUCUCUUCAGGGCUUGGGCGCUGUUUUGAUGCAGCACGGUAGGGUAGUCUCCUAUGCUUCUCGUCAGUUGAAGGAGCAUGAGAAGAACUACCCAGUACAUGAUUUAGAGCUAGCCGCUAUUAUCUUUGCUUUGAAGAUUUGGCGACAUCAUCUUUAUGGCAUUACUUUUGAGAUUCUUACUGAUCAUAAGAGUCUCAAAUAUAUUUUCACCCAGAAGGAACUCAAUCUCCGACAGAGGAGAUGGAUGGAGUUCCUGAAGGAUUAUGAUUGUACUAUUAGCUACCAUCCGGGUAAAGCUAAUGCCUUGGGCACACAGCUUCGUUUCAGUACGGCAUUCCAUCCGCAGACAGAUGGGCAGUCAGAGCGG